AUGAUGAAGCCAUCCCAGGAUUCGAUCCAGGGCCCUGGAACGGAUAAACAUGAUGACUUCGGCCACGACAAUGAAAAAUAUCAGCAUUAUGAUAAUGCGCCCGAGUAUGAGGACCCGUUUGGAGAUGAGCAGUUUGCCGAGGUCAAAUACAGGACACUCCACUGGUGGCAAUGUGGCAUGAUUAUGAUUGCAGAAACGAUUUCUUUGGGCAUUCUCUCACUCCCCUCUGCAGUGGCAACUCUAGGGAUGGCCCCAGCUGUGAUCUUGAUCGUCGGACUGGGUGGUUUAGCCACUUACACUGGAUAUGUCAUCGGGCAAUUUAAGCUGCAGUAUCCUCAUGUCCAUAGCAUGGCAGAUGCCGGGGAGGUGCUCCUGGGGGCCCUUUGGGCUGGGGCGUUUCGUCACAUCUUAACCUUCAGCGUCAUGAUGAACACACUCACCGAUCAUGGCACCUGCUCCAUUGUUUUUGGGGUUGUUGGCUUGGUCGUGUCCUUUGUCUUUGCUCUGCCUCGAACUCUGCGCAAGGUCUCGUGGUUUUCUUUCGCCUCUUUUGCAAGCAUUGUGGCCGCUGUGCUGAUUACAAUGAUUGCGAUCGCAAUACAACGCCCUGGGAAAGGCCAGGUGGAUGCAACAACCAAAACGAAUCUUGCCAAUGGGUUUCUAGCCGUCACAAACAUUGUCUUUGCAUAUGCUGGCCAUGUUGCAUUCUUUGGCUUCAUCUCCGAGAUGCAAAUCCCAACCGACUAUCCCAAAACCCUGUAUCUUCUUCAAGGAACUGACACGAGCAUGUACCUGGUGGCUGCCGUUGUCAUCUACUAUUACGGGGGAAAGGAUGUGAAAUCACCUGCCUUGAGCUCCACGAGUUCGGUGACAGCCAAACUGGCUUAUGGAAUUGCAAUCCCUACGAUUGUUAUCGCCGGCGUGAUCAACGGGCAUGUGGCCGCCAAGUAUAUCUACGUCCGGUUAUUCCGGGGAACGGACCACAUGCAAAAAAGAAGCCUCCUGUCAAUCGGUUCAUGGGUUGCGAUUACCUUUGUUCUUUGGGUGAUUGCCUGGAUUAUUGCAGAGGCUAUUCCAGUUUUUAACAACCUGCUGAGUUUGAUUACUGCUUUAUUUGCGAGUUGGUUUACUUAUGGCUUGAGUGGUAUUUUCUGGCUGUUCCUGAACUGGGGCCGAUAUACGCUUUCAUGGCGGAAGGCAUCUUUGACCGUUCUCAAUCUGGUCAUCGUCGGCAUUGGGGGGUGCUUGUGUGGCAUGGGCUUGUGGGUGUCUGGAAAAGCCAUCCACGAUGGCUCGAGCGGUGCAAGUUUCUCCUGUGCUGCUAGCGAAUAG